AUGAAUCUUCCUGUGCCUGGAGAAGGAUGCGGUUUUAUGGUUUCUGAUAAAAUUUAUCGACAUGGAACACGUGCUGCGAUCGGAGAUUUUCCUUGGAUCACAUUACUUUUAACGGAAAAUUCAAAUUUUGCAUGUUCUGGCGCGUUAAUUAACGAAAAAUAUGUUUUAACGUCAGCGGAUUGCAUUAAAAGAAAUCCUGUAACAACUGUUCGUUUGGGCGAAUAUAAUUUAAAUACGACGAACGAUUGUUACAGAUACGGCAUCACGAUGGAAUGUUCAGAUCCAGUACAAGAAAUCCCAAUUGAAGAUGUAAAAAUUCACGAAAAAGCCGACAUUGCGUUGCUGCGAUUGACGAAAUCUGUGAAAAAAUCAAUUUUUGUGAGACCAAUUUGUCUUCCGAGUCAAAAUGAGGACAAAAAUAUCGACGAAGGGAAGCUUUUUUCGAUCGCUGGAUGGAAAAAUGGUGAUUUUGUGGAGAAACAAACGACAGAAAUUCGUGGAGUUAAUUCAAACGAAUGCAAUGGAACAAGAGAGUUCAUUUGUGUCAAAGGAGAAGAAGACGUGAUCGAUGACGGCGGGGCGUUGAUGGCGACUCAUAAUGAUGGAAAAGGAAAUAAUUAUUAUUAUGCAGCGGGAAUUUUGAAAAAUGAAUGGCUUGAAAGUGAUGGAAAAAAAUUUAAAAAAGAGUUUACGAGAAUUUCUAAUUAUGUUGAUUGGAUUCAAGAUAAUCUCGUUGAAUAG